UGACGAAAGAAAUAAUUUCAACGACAACAAAAAAGCUYACUUUUUAAAUUUCAAAAUAUCUUUUUCAUUGUUUUCUUCAAAUGUUUGUUCAAGCGUAUUCCAAUUGCGAACGAAAAAUCGCGACCCAUAUGAACAAACGUAAAAAAUUUGGUUAACAAAAGAGAACUAUCGCAAACAGAGAUAUUUUCUUAUUACAUCAGUACUUUUAUUUUGCCGAUGAAAGACAUAUGCAAAAAAGAAAAAAACAAACAAAAAAUAAGAAAAAAAACGACAACAAACACCCUAAAAUUGAGAUUUAUCAAGGCCAGUACUGGACGUGUCUUUUUCGGCAAUAUUUCCAAGUUAAACAACAAGUUUGGGUAGGAAAAAACCAACACAUUUUUAUUUGAAAUCAUUAAUUUGCAAGUUUUGGCUGCAGAUGUCGCUAAAUCAACACUGUGCUAUUUUCUCUUCUUCACCGCACAUCGUUUUGUUGCUAUAGCAACUGCYCAGCGCCAGUCAGGUGGAACUGUCUCAAUGUGCUCUCAGGGUGAAUUAUACUCAGUUAUAUGAUCGCUAGGUCGAGUUUUAAGGUUAACGUCCGUCGUCACGCCGUCGUCAUACUUUUUGGCUGGUGUUUAGAAGUGAAUUCGUGGUCGUGUAGACUGCCAUCGUUGUGAAUAACGGCUCGUGAGGAAUUGUGGUCGAUUAUCCAUGAAAAUUGAUCUACCAAGUCUGAAGCUAUAAACUAAUCAAUGGAACUUGUAGCGAUUGCAGUGGAUAUCGCAAGAGAACACUCUUAAAUUAAAAUAUAGAAGAUGACAUUAUACUACAAGAUAUACUUUUUAUUAAGUUAAUACUUCGUUCAUUGCCAGCCAGAAAAAAAAAAUGGCCUCGAUUGGAUACCGUACGAACUACACCUACGGUUAUAUUGUGGAGUAUUCAAAACCUUGCUUUGAUAGCUGGCUGCUGAUUCCCGGUGAAAAUCUMUGGAACUCUGGUUUGCGUGGUUUUCUAUAUAUUUUGGCUAUGUUUUAUUUCUUCCUUGGUAUUGCUAUAGUUGCUGACAUAUUUAUGAGUUGCAUCGAGGUUAUAACAAGCAAGAAACGAAAAGUCACGCGCUAUGAUCCUGAAAAACAAGAAAGUGUAGAAAUCGAGGUGUUUGUUUGGAAUGAAACGGUGGCUAACUUGACGCUAAUGGCACUAGGAUCAUCGGCGCCCGAAAUACUAUUAGCUGUCAUAGAAACGGCACAAGAACUUGGACGGGACCCUACAGGGGACGAUAAAGACGGACUUGGAACUUUCACUAUCAUAGGUUCAGCAUCUUUUAAUAUGUUACUUAUAACAGCUGUGUGUGUUAUAAGUGUGCCGUCAGGAACGGUGAAAAUGGUUCGUGAAUUUGGUGUGUUUAUUUGGACCGCGAUAUGGUCGUUGUUCGCGUAUGUAUGGCUUCUAGUUACACUAAAAUGGGUUUCACCAGGAGAAGUCGAAAUCUGGGAAGCUUUUGUGACCCUUGCGUUCUUUCCUUUACUUGUGUUUACAUCAUGGUGUCAAGACCAUGGAUGGUGGUGUCGGAGCAGUAGAGUCCUAAGUGUUGAGCCCCCUGAGGUACGUGUGGUUGGCAUGAUGGAACGUCCUUCAAGUCACAUGAUGGUGCAUCGAUCAAUGGAACUAAGAGUGAUUGAACAACACAGAAUAAGCGUUAGUGAGCAUGACAUAAAAGAACUACCAAAAAGCAAGGACAAACUAAAAGAAGUAGUUUCGCUAUGGAAGGGUCAAAAGCCCGACGCGAACUCGAAUGAGACAGUUGAAAGCUUAGCACAUGCAUUUAAACACUUCAAAGAAGCAAAUGCUCAACCACAAAACUCGACUACGGCUCGAUUAAGAUUCCGGCAUGCGGCGCUGAACAGUCUUACAGCAAGUAGACAUCGAGUUCCCAAAGCUUCAAAAUUUGUCGACAGAUUGGAUUAUGACGAAGGUCAAAAAAUCAUGAAUGCUUUGGCAAAAUCCGUUGUCGGUUCAAAAUUCAUUGGAACUCAUGCACUCGACCAACCAGGACAAAAUUUCAAUUUCGGAACCCAGUCUUAUUCGGUUGUCAAAAGUGCCAAACAUAUCGACAUUGACAUACUGCUUACAAAUUCAAGAAAAAGGAUGUCUAGAGCUGGUACGCCACAUCGUUUAAUGAGCCUUCCAGCUCCCUACGAUCCUUGCACACAAAUCGAUGAAUCAAAAACAGCCAAAUUAAACCAACAAAACGGGAACGUGAAAACUGCAAAUGGCAAGGUCAAGCAUAGCGACAAAGAGGAACUAUAUACUCGACGGAGUUCUCCCUCGAGCAGCGAACAAAGCAUUCCCAUGUCCGUCAGUCACCGUACAAGCCUGGUCUCUCUACCCGAGGAAACUGUCUACAGCAUCGACUACGAGACGAGAGAUGGCACUGCUAAAAAAGGCAGAGACUACACUAACAUGAAAGGAACUAUGACCUUUCAGCCAGGAACAACAAAACAUAUUUUAAGAAUUCCUAUCAUUAUGCAUGACGAGUUCUCCAAAAACAGAGAGUUUUACGUCAUUCUUAAGAAUCCAAYGCCUGGAAAUGGUGUUGACUUGGGUGAAAGCAGCCUUACCAGAGUUACUAUAAUCGACGAUGAUGAACCUGGUGAAUUCGCCUUUGAGCAGGCUAGUUACCAUGCCAACUUCGUGACGGAAGACGUGACGUGUACAGUAGUGAGAAGAAAAGGCUGUGAUGGUCACGUGACAAUCCAAUACCGAACACUGAACGGUACAGCGGUKGGCGGUAAGCCAGAUGACAGUGACGUAGAUACAUGGGACUUUGAACAAGUGGACGAUGGAUGUCUCACGUUUCAACAUGGUGAAACAUCAAAGAUGCUUGUAAUUAGAAUCAAUCCUGAAUCUCAGAAAAAGAAUUUCAUUGUCUUGCUACAUGACCCGAGUCCAGGAGCAUCAUUAGGAGACAAAACCGCAGCAGUUAUUCAUAUUUCAAAUGAUGUUGACGAUAUUGUCGAUAGAGUUGCAAAUAUUAUAACAUUAGAAGAUCAGAAUCAAAGUUUAAGCAAAUCUUGGCGAAUGCAGUUCGAGGAAGCAAUCGUACUUCAAGGGGAAGAAGACGAAGACGGUAACGUCCAGCCGCUGUCAGCAUUGGAUUUAACUCUACACCUACUGACGAUGUUUUGGAAAGUUCUCUUUGCUUUCAUUCCACCCAGGCCAUUUCUUGGAGGUUGGGCAGCAUUCGUAGUAUCAUUGAUGUUUAUUGCUGGACUUACAGCUGUAGUAGAACAGCUUGGCAAGCUGCUGGGAUGUGUAGUUGGUCUAAAAAACAGUGUAACUGGAAUAACCAUUAUUGCCAUUGGAACAAGUCUUCCUGAUACCUUUGCUAGUAAAACAGCAGCUUUACAAGACACUGGGGCAGAUGCUGCCAUUGGAAACAUUACAGGAAGUAAUAGUGUGAAUGUAUUUCUUGGUCUUGGUUUGCCAUGGGUAAUAAGUGUUUGUUAUCAUGCUGCCAAAGGAACAACGUUUAAAGUUUCAACAAACAAUCUAUCUUUCUCUGUAUUGGUUUACACAUUGUGUGGUGGUGCGUGCAUCAUAUUGCUUGUAUUAAGAAGAGUGUUUUUAAAAGGAGAACUUGGUGGUACUCCAGUACAAAAGUGGUUAACUGGACUAUUUCUGGUCUUCCUGUGGUUUUUGUACRUCGUGCUAUCAAGUCUAAUGGCUUAUGGAUAUAUUCCAAACACAAUUUAAUGUUUUAAGAGAAAAACUAAGAAACGUCUUUGAGAUUUGCUAUUUAUAUUAUUUAUAAAUGACUAAUGCCAUGGUAACAGCGUGAAUUGUAAAUAUUUUGAAUAUUUAUGUGUACAUAUGAGAAAUUUUAUUUAUAACAGAGUGAUGUUUGAUACAUUAAUAUAAAAUAAUGUUUGUGAAUAAACUUAAGGAUGUCAAGGACAUAAUAAAUUGUUUAAUUGAA